AUGGACAUUGACGAUCUGCUGGCAGAGGUGUCGGUCGACUGCACACCCCAGGAGACACGCGAUUUGCAGGAAUUGACACGGUGCUGGGUCGCUGAGCGUGUGGCUCCAGAGAUUUUACCAUGGCCUGAGCAGCUUAUGACUCGUGUCCUUGGACGAAUUGCACGACAGAUUGAGCUCGUGGAAGAGCAGACGGGAAAUAUGGACCCUAAAACAAACUUCCGAUUGAUCAUUAUACAAACCGAGUUGGAGCGCUUCAAGUUUCUCGUUCGAAGUUUAUUGAGGGCUAGGAUAAAAAAGAUCGAUACACACCCACUCCACAUACAAUCUCUACACAAUACAUCGCUCGACACACCUACCCCGCUCCUCUCUCCCGCUGAAUAUCAAUACCUCCAAUCGCACCAGGCCCUCCUCUCUUCGCACUAUAAUGCCUCUUUUCUCGCCCAGUUCCCAGCCUCCCUCCAGCGCAUCGAUGACACGACGGGCGGAGUUAGCAUGGUUAAUAGGCCAGACGAAGACAAAGCCGUGUUUGUGCGUGCACUAACUGAUGUAGGCCAAGUUUAUGUAGAGGGCGCGGAUAAGAAAUUUGAGUUGAAGAGGGGGGAUGUUUGGGUUGUAAGAUGGAGUGCUGUGAGACAGUGGUGUGUGGGCUGUGGGACGGGGGAUGUUGAGUUGAUAUGA